ACACCGGUCCCGCGGGGACCUGCGGGGAACACGGGCCUUGCGGGGAAGAGAGACCUCAGCGGCUCUGGGCCCGGGCCGGGGGCGGCGAUGGCCUCUGCGGCUGUGGAGAACUUCGUGACCAAGCAGUUGGACCUGCUGGAGCUGGAGAGAGACGCGGAGGUGGAGGAGCGUAGGUCCUGGCAGGAGAACAUCUCUCUGAAGGAGCUCCAGAGCCGGGGUGUGUGUUUGCUGAAGCUGCAGGUAUCCAGCCAGCGCACCGGGCUGUACGGACGGCUGCUGGUCGCCUUUGAAUCCAGAAGAUGCGGGUCUACAGCAACGCUUCCCAGUAACAGCUUUACUUCUGGUGAUAUUGUGGGUCUGUAUGAUGCUGCUAAUGAAGGCAGUCAGCUGGCCACUGGCAUCCUGACCCGGAUCACGCAGAAGUCAGUCACAGUGGCCUUUGAUGAGUCCCAUGAUUUCCAGUUGAGCUUGGACCGAGAGACUUCCUACCGACUGUUAAAACUUGCCAAUGAUGUCACGUAUAAACGACUGAAGAAAGCUCUAAUUACUCUAAAGAAGUAUCAUUCUGGCCCCGCGUCUUCGCUUAUAGAGGCCCUCUUUGGUGGAUCAGCCCUCAGUCCUGCCAGUGACAUACACCCACUAACGUUCUACAACACCUCCCUGGAUGCCUCCCAGAAAGAAGCGGUUUUGUUUGCAUUGUCCCAGAAAGAACUUGCCAUCAUCCAUGGACCUCCUGGCACUGGGAAAACCACGACUGUGGUUGAAAUAAUUCUUCAAGCUGUGAAACAAGGCUUAAAGGUUCUGUGCUGCGCUCCUUCUAACAUUGCUGUGGACAAUCUUGUAGAGCGUCUGGCUCGCUGUAAGAAACGAAUUCUGCGCCUUGGGCACCCUGCCCGGCUCCUGGAAUCUAUUCAGCAGCAUUCCCUUGAUGCGGUUUUAGCACGGAGUGACAACGCCCAGAUUGUUGCAGACAUCAGGAAGGACAUCGAUCAUGUCUUUGUGAGGAACAAAAAGACCCAGGAUAAGAGAGAGAAGAGUAAUUUUCGAAAUGAAAUUAAGCUGUUAAGAAAAGAACUGAAGGAGAGGGAAGAGGCGGCCAUGCUGGAAAGCCUCACUUCGGCCCACGUCGUCCUUGCAACGAACACAGGUGCUUCUCCUGACGGCCCCCUGAAGUUGCUGCCUGAGAGCUACUUUGAUGUGGUGGUCAUCGAUGAGUGUGCGCAGGCCCUCGAGGCGAGCUGCUGGAUCCCCCUGCUGAAGGCACGGAAGUGCGUCCUGGCCGGAGAUCACAAGCAGCUGCCCCCCACCACAGUCUCACACAAGGCCGCGCAGGCGGGGCUUUCGCUCAGCCUCAUGGAGCGCCUGGCCGAGGAGCACGGCGCCAGGGCAGUGCAGAUGCUGACCGUGCAGUACCGCAUGCACCAGGCCAUCAUGCGCUGGGCCUCGGAGGCCAUGUACAGUGGGCAGCUUGUGGCUCACCCUUCCGUGGCUGGGCACCUCCUGAGGGACCUCCCGGGUGUGUCUGCCACGGAGGAGACCGGCAUCCCCUUGCUGCUCGUGGACACGGCGGGCUGCGGGCUCUUUGAACUGGAGGAGGAGGAUGACCAGUCGAAAGGGAACCCUGGGGAAGUCCGCCUCGUCAGUCUGCACGUCCAGGCUCUGGUGGAUGCUGGGGUCCAAGCAGGUGACAUUGCCAUCAUCACACCAUACAACCUUCAGGUGGACCUGCUCAGACAGAGCCUUGUGCACAGGCACCCCGAGCUUGAAAUUAAGUCCGUUGAUGGCUUCCAAGGCCGAGAGAAGGAGGCUGUGAUCCUUUCCUUCGUCAGGUCCAACAGGAAAGGUGAAGUUGGUUUUCUUGCUGAGGACCGCCGGAUCAAUGUUGCCAUCACCCGUGCACGGCGCCACGUGGCGGUCAUCUGUGAUUCCCGCACCGUCAACAACCAUGCUUUUUUGAAGACCCUGGUGGAUUACUUCAUAGAGCAUGGGGAAGUGCGCACAGCCUUUGAGUACCUUGACGACAUCGUCCCUGAAAACUACUCUCAUGAGAGCUCCCAGGGGCACAGCCAGGCUGCUGCAAAGCCCCAGGGCCCUGCUUCAUCUGCUGGGAAACCUCCUGGAAGCAGGUGGCAGGAGAGGGGCAGGGGCCAGGAGACUGGAAGAGCUGCCCGGCAGGAUCGGAAGCAGCCAGGCAGGAAGCCUGUGGGCUCUGCAGCCUGUUGCCAACGCAGUCUCAAGGGAGGCAGCCCAGGGGGAGUGGAGAGCAAGGACAGUGUGGACCACCUCAGGGCCGUGAUAGCCGAGUUUGCAGCCAGUGAGAAGACGCAGUUGGAGUUUCCUGCUUCCUUGAAUUCCCAUGACCGCAUGCGGGUCCACCAGAUAGCUGAGGAGCACGGGCUGAGGCAUGACAGCACGGGGGAGGGCAAGAGGAGGUUCAUUACUGUGAGCAAGAGGACCCCGCUGGCCCUGGCAGCCACUGGCAGCAAAGCCCCUCUCUAUCCCACGCCCCUCAGCCCCGUGAAGAGGGAGCAGCCCCCCAGGGAGCAGCUGCCUCCUGAGAAGCAGCCCCCUGGAGAGCAGCAGCCCCCCAGGGAGGAGCAGCCCCCCAGGGAGGAGCAGCCCCCAAGAGAGGAGCAGCAGCCCCCCAGGGAGAAGCAGCCCCCAAGGGAGGAGCAGCCCCCCAGGGAGCAGUGCAGCUGGGACCAGCUGGACCUGAGGGCGCUGCACCUGGAGAGGCUGCAGAGGGAGAAAGGCCAGCAAGAGCAGCCAGCCAAGAAGGGGCAGCAGGCUGUGGGCUCAGGGCCGUGCAAAUUUCCAGAAAAGAAGAAGAAAAAAGAAGUGAAAGGACCUACAGCUGUAGAUUUGCCUGUGGAGGAGGAGGACUUUGACGCCCUGGUUUCGGCUGCCGUUAAGGCUGAUAACACGUGUGGCUUUGCUAAGUGCACAGCCAGCAUCACGACCCUGGGCCAGCUCUGCCAGCUCUGCAGCCGUCGCUACUGCCUCAGCCACCAGCUGCCUGAGAUCCAUGGCUGUGGUGACAGGGCUCGUGCCCAUGCCCGUCAGAGAAUCAGCCGGGAAGGCGUGAUCUAUGCUGGCAGUGGGACCAAGUACAGGUCCCUUGACCCAGCCAAGAGGGCCCAGCUGCAGAGGAGGCUGGAUAAGAAGCUGUGUGAGCUCAGCAGCCAGAGAACAAGCAAGAGGAAGGACAAGGGGACAUGACCAUCUGCGUAUUCCCACGUACCUCCAGUGCCCCCACCUGUAGGGAGUGCCCCUAGGGGAGAGCCUGCAGACACAGCCAUACGCUAUCUCUGCCAGGGACAUGGGGGGCGGCCCGCCAAGUGCCGUCUGACCUUUCCUCGCUCCUACACUGGCACCGUAUCCCAGUCUCUUCCUUCUCUUCCAGUCAAAGCUGAAGUCCCAGCAUCUAGAUCUAGGGGAAGAUUCCGUUCUCUUGGAGAUGUGCCUGGCCUCAAACUCUACUAAGGUGACUCCUCUUGUCCAGGGCUGGCCAGCUCUCAGCACAUUAGCACGAGGCCCUGAGCAAAACCAAGAAACCCGGACUCAGUGACUGUGCACCUGGGGGGCAGACUCUGGGAAGUGGCAUUCUGCCUGCGUGAUCAUUUUCCUUCUAUCUUCUGUUCCCUGGUAUCUGCAGCGACCCCUCUACCCUCUACGGGGAAGCAGGUGCAGUGUUCUCUGUUUCUGCUCUCGUGAGUCUGGGGGUCUCCUCUUCCUGGUUUACUAAGGCUCCAGCCUGUGCCAGCCUCCUCUGUGCUGCAGUUUGGGGACCGGGUGACUGUCCUGGGAAAGCACUGUCUCAGCGUCAGCACUGCUAACACUUAACAGACCCAGAGCCCUCCCUGAGCAUUCCACAGUGCUCUUUGCCAACUAUUUUAUUUAAGAGAACAUCAGAUGGACGUAUUUUAGCUUCAGAUUUUUGUUUCAAAGGGAUAUAAAUUAUUUAAAAAUUAAAUAAAAAUACGUGCACACUGUCCCCAGUGUGCU